UGACAACAACAUGUGAAAAAUGGUCACUUGUCAACCUGACACUUACGAAGUCGUAAACUAUGGUUGACGAAUCGACCCGCAAGACUUUAAGCAACAUUCCCCUGCUAAAAACGAAGGCGGGACCGCGCGACAAGGAACAAUGGGUCCAACGACUGAAAGAAGAAUACCAAUCGCUCAUCAAGUACAUCCAGAACAGCAAAGAGGCGGACAACGAUUGGUUCAGGCUCGAGUCCAAUAAGGAAGGUACCAAAUGGUUCGGGAAGUGUUGGUUCAUACACGAACUGUUGAAGUAUGAGUUCGAUGUUGAGUUCGAGAUACCUGUUACGUAUCCCACAACAGCGCCGGAAAUUGCACUGCCAGAGCUAGACGGUAAAACGGCUAAGAUGUACAGAGGUGGAAAAAUUUGUUUGAGUGAUCAUUUUAAGCCUUUGUGGGCCAGGAACGUGCCCAAGUUUGGGAUCGGACAUGCCAUGGCUUUAGGGCUUGGACCUUGGUUAGCUGUUGAGAUACCAGAUUUAAUAUCAAAAGGAGUAAUUUCGUACAAAGAAAAAACAGGAUGAACAUGUAUACCUUAUAUAAUUAUUUACUGUUGUCUAUAUUGAAUAAUUUAAUAUAUUUUUUGUAUUCUGUA